CGAUUUUCAUUACUCGAAAUAAUAUGUAUAUCAUUGUAUAUCCGUAUAUAUAAAAAUGGAUGUUUGUAUAUACAGGGUGUCCCAAGAAUGUAGGAGGUCCUUGUUGGAGUUUCCUUAGCGAAAAUGUUGUUUCGAAUCACUCCCCGAAUUACUCCUUUCAAGGACUUUUAACAUUCUUGGGACACCUUGUACAUGCAUACGAUAGAUUCAGAAACUGUUUGACCGAUCAACGUGAAACUUGGAACAUAAUAUGUAUUUUUUCAUGGAGAAGGUUUUUAUGCUACUCGAUACGACGAACCAGAAGAACUAGGAGAACUAAAGACAGUGACUGACCGGUUCACGAAGGUUCACGUGGUUGAACAAUCAGUCGAACGUAAGCUACAUGAGAUACAAUCACGUGGUCGAGCUGUCGGUUAAACGUAAACGACAAAAAAAAAAAAAGAAAAAUAUACAUAUCGAAUCGAGUAAUCUCCUCCUUUUUCGAAGUCGGUUAAUGAAAUAAAUAGUAUAUUACAAGCGGGCCGCAGCUAGUAUGUUGUACGCACGACAAUAUUUCAAUUUGAGGUAUUUUUAAAAACGAAACGCGCGACACACGCGCCAAGAAACGUUCUCCCCUGACACUUAUUCCCAGUGUCGUUUGUUUCCAAAAAAAAAAUGCCUGAAUGCGUCCUAAUCCCAAUUCCCAGGCAGGCUUCUCUGGCUCCAAUGAAAACAGCCCGAGAGAUUCGACGAUUUGCCUCGAUUCGCACGCGAUCCCCGUGUCUAAUUUCUCCGAUCCUCUCCGAGGAGACCGAGAACGUUCUCCACGUUCCGAAAUUUCGCAAUUUACGCCCGACGAUUGUCCUCGAUCCGUGAAUAUCCCGUUGUUUUCGCGCGUGGAACGCGAACCUUCGUCGAUAACCGACACUUGCCGCAUCCUGUCUGAAUAGACGCGGGAGCGAGUGCAGCACGGCUCGCAGAGAUGAAAUUCGAAGAACGAAGGUGAACGUUUCGCGUCGAUGGUAUCUAAUCGACGUGCGCGUUAAGAGCGAGGUUUACUCCGUCAAUGUCUGCCUUUGGAACAGCUUGGUCAGACUCCCUCGGACAAAUUGUUCGCAGAGUCGAACCUCCGACGACCUCCUGGGCCACUUCCGUGACUACCAGAAGCAUCGCUCGCCAUUGACGGCCGAUUCUCGAUCGAUCGGAUACCGCCAGGAACGAAGAAACUCCGAACGCGAGGAAUACAUUAAGGCUAAUCGAUCUCCAGAAUUAUGUAAGCAGCUGGUGACAUCUUUGGAAGCGUGUUAUUUUCGCCUGAAAUAUGCGAUUAUUAUAACGAGGAGUCCGGGGGCCAUUGUCUACCCGCUAAAGAGGAAGUUACGAGGCGAGGAAGGAAACAUUCGGUGAUGGUUUAUCACGCGUUAACGGUCCAGUGUCUUUUCGCCGAAAGGAUAUUGUCGCGAAGGUGUGCUACCUAGAUGGAAACGGAUUCGCAAACGGAUUCGAAUUAAUCGACGAGUGCGGUGAACGAUUCCAGCCGAGGUUACAGCGAAUCGUACGCGGUUUAAACGAGUGGAGAAUCGGUAAAUCGUCGAUAUCGUAUCUUCGGACAUGGAGAGACUCGAGGACGGAGUUUACAAACGGAAUGGUCACGCGAACGAGGCCUUCCAGAUGGAGGAGGUCGGAAGGAAAGGGAACGAUUCCACGGACGUCGCCAAGUCGAAAGGGUCGAACGCGCCGGAGAAAGUACCCGAGGAAACCAGCAACCCUAGGGCAGAAUGGGGAGGUGGACUGGAAUUUUUAAUGGCAUGCAUAGCCACUUCCGUCGGUCUCGGUAACGUUUGGAGGUUUCCAUUCACUGCUUACGAGAACGGAGGCGGCGCUUUCCUGAUACCUUACAUCAUUAUCCUCGUAUUCGUGGGAAAACCCUUCUACUUCCUGGAGGGUCUUCUGGGUCAGUUCACCAACAAAUCCUGCGCUAAGACUUGGUCCAUGGCGCCGGCGAUGAAAGGGUUGGGGUACGGCCAGGCUUUCGCAGCGACGUGCGUGGUCUCUUACUAUUGCGCUCUAAUGGCUUUGACGUUGUACUAUCUCGCGGCCAGUUUCCAAUCCGAAUUGCCUUGGUCAUUCUGUCGCGACGAAUGGCAGGGUCAAUGCGUCGACUCGGUUCCGAAGGACCCUGACGAGAGCACCACUUUCGUAGCCAACGGUACCGUUCGCAGUUCCGCGGAAUUGUACUUCAGGAAGAUCGUCCUGAACGAGUACGACUCCAUCGACGACGGCAUCGGGCUGCCAUCUUGGCAGCUGACGAUCUGUCUGUUCCUAAGCUGGAUGGCGAUAUUUGGUGUACUUUUCCGCGGAAUAAAGAGCACAGGAAAAGCAGCCUACUUUCUGGCGAUAUUCCCAUACGUCGUAAUGAUCGCCUUGCUGAUCAGAUCGGUGACCUUGGAGGGCGCAGGAAACGGCAUCCUCUUCCUCGUCACGCCGGAUUGGGAGAAGCUCUGGCAACCGAACGUGUGGUACGCCGCCAUCACUCAGUGCUUCUUCUCUUUGUCCGUCUGCUUCGGAUCCAUCGUCAGUUAUUCGUCUUACAGCAACUUCGAGCACAACGUCAGCAGGGACGUGUUAAUAGUGACGACAUUGGACACGUUCACCAGCCUGAUAGCCGGCUGUACGAUUUUCGGGAUCCUUGGGAACCUGGCGCACGAGAUGGGCACCAGCGACAUAUCGUCGGUGGUCCGAGGCGGGACUGGUCUCGCCUUCAUUUCGUAUCCCGAGGCUUUGUCCCGUUUCACGGUGGUUCCGCAGCUCUUCGCUGUUCUCUUCUUCGUGAUGAUGUUCGUGCUCGGCGUUGGAAGCGCGGUGGCUCUAUGCGGCGCUGUUUUCAGCAUCCUUUGCGAUCACUUCCCGAAGGUAUCCCACUGGAAGCUGGUACUCCUGGUUUCCUCUAUGGGAUUUCUUGUUAGCCUCAUCUACAUCACACCCGGCGGCCAAUGGUUCAUAACGUUGGUCGAUUAUUACGGUGGCACGUUCGUCGCCAUAAUCGUCGGCCUUUUGGAAAUGGUAACGAUCUUCUGGAUUUACGGCGUGACGAAUUUUUUGAACGACAUGGAGUUCAUGCUGGGUUCGAGACCGUCGUGGUACUGGAGAUUCUGCUGGGCAUUCAUAACACCUGUGCUCAUGAUCGUCAUCCUGGUGUACACCAUCGUCACCUACGAGCCGCCCACCUACGACAGCGCACCAUUUCCGGCAUACGCCUACGUCAUCGGUUGGCUCCUGCUCGCCGUGGGAGUUUCACUGAUCGUCGGUUUCAUUCUGCAGAAACUGAUAGCGAACAGGUCACCGUCGUUGAUCGAAACUGUCAAAGCGGCGUUCCGGCCAUCCGAAGAAAACUGGGGCCCAAGCGACCCGAAAGUGCGGCUGAAGUGGAAGGAAUUUACCGCGGACAAGAAUUUCCGUCACCGUGGCGGUUUCGUCGAGACCUUUUUUAGAUAGAAUUAAACAAGGCCCGCAACAGGGCCGGCGCGUUACCUCUUGCGGGGCCUGAAAUCACAUUCGAAUCCUACACUUAAAUUUUACCACGAGAAAUGAUUUAUUUACAAAUGCUGUUAAAUACAGACCUUGAUUACUUACGGUGCUUCGUACCUAUGGUACAUUUUCGUUGUCAGCGUAACGCGUUCGAUUAUCCAUGUCAGAUGUUUAUCCACAAACAAGUAAUAUUCUGCAAUAUAAUAUAAACGAAUUAAUGUAACGUAUAAUGUAAUAAUAAAACAGUAACGAUAAUAUCUAUGUGUAAAAAUGCCCACUUGCAUAUUUUGUCACAUACAGUAGAUUCUCUAUAAUUCGCUGGAAACGAUCCCCACCGCAAAAUUCUGACCUAUGUUAUGUAAACAAGAUAAGGCUUACAUCGGAUCAGCUUGACAUCCGUAUCAAAAGGUUUUACGGUGUAAACUAGGCCAACUGUAACAGCGAGACCGGCGCGACAGAAAUUAAAGGGCAAUGUCGGUGAGACGCUAACGCAACAACAAAAAGUUUUUUUUUUUAUUUUUCGACUUUUUGCAAGUGAAAAUUGUACCGUCGUAUUUGUGUCGUUUCCUCUAGGUAAAAUCAUACCAAACGCGGCAUAAUUUAGUGCAUAUUUCCGUAUUUUACGGGCCAAAGGAAACAAAUCGUUAUCAUUUUUAAAACGAAGAAAUGUGCACCAAAUCACGUCGUGUUUCGUGUAAUUUUAUCACAAGAAUACCGCGCAGAUACGACGGUACAAUUUCCGAAAAAGUCAAAAAUGAGAAACUUUUGCUGUUGCGUUAGCGUGUCUCAUCGACAUGGUCCUUUAAUUUCUCCUUCUUUCGUUGCCUCUCUUUCAAAAUGGCUCUUAAACGGUUACCAGCUCUGCCUACAGUUUCGGUUCUUCUACGCGACAAUUCGUCAUUUAUCGCUCCAGAGUUUCAGCGAAUUACAGAGAAUCUAUCGUAUCGUAAUGCAUCCUUCAUCUCCGUACGAAAUACGCGUAAGCGUCAACGUAAUCGUCGCGUUCGGUACAAUGUUUCGAAACGUACGUCUCCGUGCGAGUGCAAGCUGGUGACGAAUGAUACCUGAUUUAAUAAUCAUCGCGUAACGGCGUAGAGAUCGUGGAAUGCCGGAAAAUUCUACGGUAGAAAUGAUUGGUCUCGGAUCGGUCUCAGUUGACAAAGAGAAAGUCACUGUUGAGCGUCGCGCUGGUUACGCUUGACUGUGCGUUAACGUACGGAGAAAAAAGGUUCACAAGGAAAACAAGUAGACGCAUUCUGGCCGAGAUUAUAAUCGACAUCAAUGUAUGCUUCGGACAUUAAGCACCUC